UGCAACUAUUUACUCAUCUGCAAACAUGGCCAAGAGACAGUUAGGACUCAGCAAAGCUAAAAAGAGACAAAAGACCGAGUCUGGGAGCACAGGUCCCUCCAAUGUGCUCAAGGAGCCGGUUUCGGCAGAAAAUGUCACCAUUGAGCUACCUGCUAGUGUGAGCGACGAUGAGUUUGUUCAGUUGAAGUCUCUUUAUUCCAAGUACAAAUCCGAACAAAACGAGCUCAUAUUAAACGGUGUGAUCCACGAAUGUGACCGUCUCAUCCGGAACGAAGACUCCCAGAAAACCCCGGCUUUUUUCUAUGCUCUUUACUCGAAUAGCUUGUUGGAGCUCAUCAACUACAGAGAUCCCUCCGAAGUCGGGGAUUUGAUCGAUCUCAGUCUAGAAAAAGUUAUACUUGGGAUCGAAGUAUUCCCUGAGAACAUCGAAUUGCAGUUCCAAACCUCUAAAGUUCUAUUGAACCAAGUAAUGCACCAAUUGGGUGAGUUGAAAGAACUCAAACACACUAAAUCAUACGAUUUAGAAAAAGACUUGGCUCGGGCCCUUUCAGCCUUCGAGAAAGCUGAGACCCUGAGUGAAAUCCAGGACAACUUUCAGCUCUACAACGAAGAAACUUUCGAAACCAUCAAGCUUUUCGAUGAGAUCCUUGAGGUGGUGGACAAUUUCGGUAAAUCUAAUCUCGAUAACGAUAGUGACGAAGAAGAAGAAGAUAAAGAUGUCCAAGAAGAAGACUCAAAUGUCCCAGAAUCGAUUCAAAACAUCCGUGAAAGUGACGAGUUCAACCAGUGGUGGAGAGAUCAUGUCAUCAAAUUCUAUAAGGUAUUGCAAAAACAAGACAAAAAACCUGAGAAAUUGUAUAAGACCGUUUGCUUUAAUCUUGGCCAGUCGUACUUGAAAGAAGCAGAAGAACCUGCCAACAUUUUUACUACGUUAAAGUAUGAUGAUCUGUUCACCGACCUGGAAAUUAAUGGACUAGAUGAGGCUACUGCCCAAGCUAUCGGUAUCGAACUCUUCCAGACAGCUAUCAACUACUUACGCCAAAGCUGGGACGACGAGGACGUUCUGACAUGGGUCAAUUUGAGCGAGCUGUUGAUUUCGUUAGGCAACUUGCACGAACUCGAAUCCGAAGACCAAACCAAGUGUUACGCGGAAGCCGAGAAAAUCCUUGUUAGGGCCAAUAACGUCACUAACGGCAAGUAUAAAGACAUUCUUGACAACCUACUUGAGGAAUAAAUAUUUCAUACAUUACUACAUAAUAAACGUCACUCUAUGAAACCCAACCAUCACCGAUAUCCUAUCUACCGUGUCUAUACUGUUAAGCUUAUACCUUGCUGGAAAUAGUCCGUUCGUUCUCUAACUUUAAUGCAUUCUGCUCGUGAGCAAUUUCUUUGUAGCACUGUAAACCCAGACACAUGUGGUCUUCUAACAAGCGGUGUUUGGCACAGAACUUGCCGGUACAGUGAUGACAGUCACCAACCAUUCUCAAAGGACUUGAGUUACAGCUCUGGAAUGAACACUUCUUGCUCUUCUUCUUCUUAACAAGUUUCUUGCUUUCUUCCAUUAAUAUUACAUUGAUUUCAGCAUCGCCAGCGACACCUUCGCUGGCAGCUGCUUGCAAAUCUGCAAGGCGGGUGUCGCUCAAUUUCUCUCCGUUGUAAAUAAGUUUAAAUGUUUGUGGUAAGGGAAAAGACGAACACAGCUGAAUCUCUUGGACCAAAUCGGCGUAAACAGUGGAUGCAGUGGAGACGGUGAAGGAAUUCUCGGUGGAUAAUCUAAUGUUCAACUUCAUGGUUUGGGUGGCAAUAAGGGGAGUAACAAAGGGUUGGUGGCAAUAAAAUCUAAAACGACUAAAGUGGUUUUGAU